AUGUAUACUACAAGUACAAGCUACUACGUCGUCUCAAUGCCUCGACAUCAGGGAAGAUUUAGACGUCAUGGUCGUCAUCAUGGCGGAGGGCAUCGCCAUUUUGGGGGUCACCAUGACAUGGCUUCACCUGGCAGAUGCCAUAGGUCAACCUAUGGUGGAUUUGGUGGAAGAUUUGGUGGAGGAUUUGGCGGGUUCCAAGGAUUCCACGACUUUAAUCAAAACGAAUCUAACAAUAACCAUUAUGAUAAUGUGGUUGAAUAUGGUUACGGUGACCCCAUGGAGAACUGGCUUUCUAACUUAGGAUUUAACAGACGUGAACAAAGACCAAAUACACCUGACAAGGUGAAUAAAACUAAUUUCAAUCUCAAUUAA